GUCAUCCGCAGCACUGAACACGCCUUGUUUCGACGAUGGUCCGCGAUCGCAUUUCUGAGUUACAGGCAACUCGUAGAAGUGGCUCUAAUUUUGGUGGAUCUUUAUUCCAAGACGUCAAUUCGUUAAGAUCUUCGAGUAAAAAGAUCAAAGGCGUUCUUGAGAAAGCAGCCGAAAUACGUGAAUUGAUCAAACUAAUUGUUAACAACGUGGAGUUAAUAAAAGACUUGCACAACAAUGUACUGUCUCACACGAAUCCAGAUAUCAGAACAGAAUUAGAGGGUCGGACGAUGAUAAUAAACUUGACGGCUGCGCGAAUUCACAAACAAUUGAAAGAAUUCAUCGGGGAUACCACAAAUACCGAGGAUCUCUCGUCGAUUGAUACGACCAGAGAUAGUUCUACGUUCGUUAGAAUAAAAAUUUUGCAGUAUUCGACGAUGAGACAAAUGUUUGCAGAUAUAAUGCUCGAGUACAAUGAAUCUUUACUACGUUAUCAUGAGAAAUGUUCGGCGUUGUUGAACCAACAAAGGAAUUUGAUAAAAAAGUCGCCUUCAAUCGUCGAAAACGUGGAAGAAAUUGUGGACGAAGAAAAAACAAGUCUAUUCGUCGACAAUAUUUUGGAGGAUAGCCGAAUAGCGCGGCAGCAAUUGUCGGAAAUACAAUCUAGGCACGAGGAGGUUUUGAAACUGGAAAAAACCAUUGUUGAAAUAAGAGACAUUUUUCACGAGAUGGCUUUUAUGGUUGAGAAACAGGGUGAUCAAAUAAACUGCAUAGAAUAUUUUGCAUGUCAAGCAACAGAAAACGUUGACAGUGGUCGUUGCGAUCUCGUGAGAGCUGAGCAAAAGGGUCGCAGAUAUAAAAGGAGGAAAUGUAAAAUAAUUAUAAUCAGCGUUCUAAUCGUAGUGUUAGUAUUGAUUAUAGCUGUAUAUUUAUAAAAAUGAAAACGUCAAUGGAUUCUCGAAUAUUGAAAACUCUUCCUGUUAAUCUGAAGAAUUCAUUC